AUGGCGGAUCAGGAUGAAAGAGAUCUAGAUGGCCUCUCAAUCAUCCCCUACGACAACAACCGCGAUGUCGUUUUACGAAACGCCGAUUCCAUCGUCUAUCUUGACCCAACCACGCAAACAUUAGUUCCCCUUCGACGGAGUCGGCAUCAUGAUAUUGCACCCCGUAAUCAACACGGCGACUGUCCGCAUUGUGGAAGACCUUGGCAGACCCCCUCGGCUGAAGCUGCGAACGGGGAUGCUGCCGCAUCCGACGAGCAGACCUUCAUCACCAAUGACUAUUUCCAGAUGCUAGCUCGGAGCUUACCGGGCUCCGAACAACCCUCCGCUCCUCCGUCUCCAAGACGAAGACUCGCUCAGCCAGUCGGCUCCGUGUCCAGCCGCACACGCUUCGGCUCACCACUGUCCAGUCAACCUCGUACGCCACCCAAUGCUGAAUUCGUCGGGAGCUCUCCUGCUCCUCCCAGUACCACCAAUGGCAUCUCCGAGACCGCUUUUGCGCCCCAUUACUUUGAGAAGUUCUUCAGAGUCGACCGCGAACUCGGCCGGGGUGGCAGAGGCGUUGUGCUUCUCGUGCAGCAUCGCCUGGACGGCGUACCAUUGGGUCAUUUCGCGUGCAAGCGUGUGCCGAUAGGAGAUGACCAUGCAUGGCUGGAGAAGGUGCUCAUCGAGGUUCAACUCUUGACCCAGCUCUCGCAUCAGAAUCUCGUCUCGUACCGUCAUGUAUGGCUCGAGGACUUUCAGGCCAGCGCCUUCAGCCCGAGCGUGCCUUGCGCGUUCAUCCUGCAGCAAUAUUGUAAUGGUGGUGACCUGCACAAUUACAUAUGUGGGCCGGCUCAAGCCAAAACAUCGACCCAGCAGCUCAAAGAGCGGAUCCGCCGUCGGUCAAAAGGCGAGACGGAGAUGCUUCGAAGCGCAGAAAACGAGCCCAAGAGACUGCAUUUCGACGAGAUUUAUUCCUUUUUUCGCGACAUCACAGCUGGCUUACGCUUCUUGCAUCAUAACGGGUUUAUUCAUCGCGAUCUGAAGCCCUCCAACUGCUUGCUACACACCGUCGCUGAUGAAACUCGGGUCCUGGUUUCUGACUUUGGCGAAGUGCAAUACGAAAGCACUGCACGCAAGUCCACAGGGGCGACCGGCACAAUCAGCUACUGUGCUCCCGAGGUUCUGCAACGCGUUGCGCCGGAUGGGCCUUUUGGGAACUUCACCUUCAAGUCUGAUAUAUUCAGUCUGGGCAUGAUCCUGCACUUUCUUUGCUUUGCAACUCUGCCUUACAUCUCGGCGGAUGUGAUCUAUGAGGAGCGCGAGGAUGUUGACAAGCUGCGAGCGGAGAUUGUUGGAUGGUCUGGGUUCGACGAUAGGAAGAAGUUACGUCCAGAUCUUCCUGGAGAGCUCUAUCCGUUUCUCAAACGACUCCUCAGCAUUGAUCCAGAUCAUCGACCGACGGCGGAAGAAAUCAACCGUGGCAUGAGCACGGGAAAGCUCAGCGACUUAAUGCCAGAGCUGGGCCGCAGGAGGGGCAGCGGAGGUCAAGGCCCAGUCGAAGAACUAACUCCUGGGACGCGGAUCCAAAAGCUCGACACGCCACAAGAGGGCAACUCUCCCAACCGUGGGGUCGAUGACGCGAAAGAUCGAGGCGCUCUUCCGACACUCAUGCUCAGUCGACCGAAGCGCACCCUGUUCGCGCGCCGGACCAGAUCACGAGAGCGUGCCAAUCCCUCAUCACAACUGACAGAAGAGGUCGCGGUUGACGAUCAGGAGGACGAAGGCGACACAAGCCGCGGUCGCAGCCCUUACAGCUCUGAUGAGGGACUUGGCGAUGGCAGCAGAAGUUCCUUGGACUCUUCCAUCGUCCUCCGCCCCAGACAACGGCAUGCCGCUGUAGCUUCAGCGGGGCCUGCAUCCCCCGUCAACGACCACCUCCCGCCACCAUUACCCAGCCCCUCGCCCGAGAGGAAAGCACGACUCCUCCUCCCGCCCGCAUCGCCCAUACCUCCACCGACCUUGAUCGCCCGCGCAAAGGAAGCGCUACAGAUCCCCAUAACGUCCCCACUGGUCCGUGCCACCAUCCUCCUGGCUAAACUGGUCAGUGUGCUACAGCCGUGCGUCAACUCCACCAUCGUCGGCCCCAACACAGCGGUCGUCUACCCACUGAUCGUGCUGGCCGUGCUGGAGUUCACGCUAGGGAGGCCGCCGGAGAUCUGGAAGAGCGGCCUGCUCUGCCUCGUGCAUGCGGUCGCACUCGUGGUUGCGAUGAGGCAGGGUAUGCUCUGCAGGAACAGCGCUUUCACGUGGUCUUGGGAAGAGGGUGAGGCGGAGGGGUGGUCAGGCGGUGGAGAGCCUGGGUGA